AUGCUUUUCCUCACGGCGGUGGCCGGAGAUAUUCUCCAGCCAGGAUUCUACGGCAACACAUGUCCUAAAGCUGAAUCCAUCGUGAGAGAAGAGAUGAGAAAGACUAUGCUGAAAGAAGCUCGAUCUGUUGCUUCCGUUAUGCGUUUUCAGUUUCACGAUUGCUUUGUUAACGGAUGUGAUGGUUCUGUAUUGCUCGAUGACACACCAACAAUGUUGGGAGAGAAGCUCUCACUCCCUAACAUAGGCUCUUUGAGAUCGUUUGAAGUAGUAGACAACAUCAAAGAAGCUUUAGAGAAGGCUUGUCCUGCCACUGUUUCUUGUGCUGACAUUAUCAUCAUGGCCUCUCGUGACGCCGUUGCCCUCACAGGUGGACCAUACUGGGAAGUGAAGUUAGGAAGAAAAGACAGUUUAACGGCAAGUCAAAAGGAUUCAGACGACAUAAUCCCAAGUUCAACGUUAAACGCGACAAGCUUAAUUGAUCUCUUCAAGAGAUUUAAUCUCACGGCAAAAGACAUGGUGGCUCUAUCUGGAUCACACUCUUUAGGCGAAGCUCGAUGUUUCUCCGUCACGGACAGACUCUAUAACCAGUCCGGUUCAGGAAAAUCCGAUCCGGCUUUCGAGCCAAUUUACCGAGAGAAGUUGACCAAACUGUGUCCCAGUGGAGGAGAUGAGAACGUUACAAGCGGCAUGGACGCGACUCCUAGAGUGUUUGAUAAUCGAUAUUUCAAAGACUUGGUCUCUAGGAGAGGGUUUCUAUUCUCUGAUCAGUCGUUGUUUACUUCGCCGGAGACAAGAGAGUAUGUGAAACUGUUCAGUGAGAAUCAGACGGAGUUUUUCAAUGCGUUUGCGGAAGGGAUGGUGAAGCUGGGUGACUUGCUGUCUACGAAACCUGGGGAGGUUAGGUUAAAUUGUAGAGUCGUUAAUCAAAAGGCCUCCUAA